GAAUCUCUUCUCGCGUUUGAGAAUGAGAAAGAGAAGAGUGCGAAAAGGCAGAUGUCCGGUUAUUUUCGUCGAUUGAUACGUGCGUUAUAAGUUUUAAGUUUGUUUUGUAGUCGCUUCCUACACCCCUACUGUGACAGAUGUCAAUCAGUGUGGUCAUUCUAGCGAUGUGGCUGACCUUCGUACAUUGCACCAUCAAGUUUCUGUCAAUACUAAGAAGAAAACCGCGGUGAUUGUAACUAGAUUCUAGUGACAUCCCUUGGUCAUGGACUAAGAAGUAAAGAAUGCUUGAUGCUUGAUUGAUAAUACUCCACUACAAGGUUUCAGCACCGCCGCCGCUUCGAAAAAUCUACUUCAAAUUCCAAGCAUGUUACGUCACCCUCAAGAGUGCAUCACGUGCUAAGGUCACAUGCUCAAUUUGCUAAAUACGAGGAAUAUUCCCAUUCUCAAAGGCCGUUGGUGUGGUGUAUAGUUCUCAGGAGCAAAUUCUUGUUACCUUGGUUGAAGCAUCAUUUUUCUCAAAAAUCACAUCGAGAUGGAAAAAAUAGUUAUCUUGGCACUUGUCAUCCUCUCAUACGUCGCACUAUCUUCAGCCCAUUCCCAUUUCAUGACUCUGCACCCCGCUAUGUCAACACAAAUGACAAUGGCAAGUUCAUCAAUGUCAUAUGCAAGCUCAUCCGCAGCUGCAUCAACACAAAUGACAAUGGCAAGUGCAUCUCUAGGCAUGGAGAUGAAGACAAUCGCACUAUCUUCAGCCCAUUCCCAUAGCUCGCCUGUGCAUGCCGAUAAGUCAAGACCAUCAGCAAUGACAACUGUAAUGCCAGGGCUUCACAAUUUUACAAUACAAAUGACAAUGGCAAGUAAGUUGAAGCAUAAACUUUUCCAUAGACUUAAUGAACUUUUUAAAAGUGAUUUGUAACAUGGUUAGUUAUAAAAACAAUAGCCUCCAUUUGGCUUGAGAACAUGCAAGGACAUAUGAGUGUUCCUGUUAGUGUCUAUUCCAAGAUAAGAGAACAGUUUUCUGUAACAAGGAAAAGUGUGAGCAUGGAGGAACUGGUAAUGUCCAGGGACAAUAAUUUAUUAAGCAAGCUAAUUAUUUUGUGACAAGUGAAGGUUUGUGAUAAGUAUCCCUCAAACAAACUGCUGCUUCAGCUAAGUUCCCAUAAAAUGGAAUAUGAAGGUGUAGUCUGAUCGUCCGGGUGAGUGUAGUCCUAAGAAGGACUGUUGUCGGUGGUAGUGACUGACGUUUCG